UCAAUGAAGGGGGAAAGCUGAGGCUCCUCACGACUGAAGAAGAAAAAAUAUAACCUAGAUCCUUCCAGCUAGGUGGAACAUCUGAGGUAUAUGACUGCUGGGAGCUGAGGCUGAGACCUGCAGUAAGAAAAGAAGCAAUGGCAGCCAGAGGAUCAGGCUUCCCCAGACAAAGGCAAGUGCUAUUUCUCUUCCUGUUCGGGGAACUGUGUUUGGCAGGUUCUGAGUUUGGACGCUAUUCGGUGACUGAGGAAACAGAAAGGGGAUCAUUUGUGGCGAAUCUAGCUAAGGAUCUGGGGCUAGGGGUGGAAGCGCUGGUUGCAAAGAGAACUAGGGUGAUUUCUGAUGAUAACAAACAGCACUUGCUUCUGGAAUCUCACACUGGAGAUUUGCUCACAAAUGAGAAACUGGACCGGGAGAAGCUGUGCGGCCCCACAGAGCCCUGCAUGCUGUAUUUCCAAAUUUUAAUGGAUAACCCCUUCCAGAUUUACCGGGCGGAGCUGAGAAUUCUGGAUAUAAAUGAUCACUCACCCAUAUUCCAGGACAAAAAGAUGAUUUUAAAAAUACCAGAAAACACAGCCGUGGGGACAACAUUUCGAUUAGAAAGAGCACAAGACUCAGAUGGCGGACGGAAUGGCAUCCAAAACUACACCAUCAGCCCCAACUCUUUUUUUCACGUUACCAUUCGUGAUAGCGAUGAAGGGAUGGUAUAUCCAGAGCUUGUGCUAGACAAAGCUCUGGAUUGGGAGGAGCAGCCGGAGUUCAGUUUAACACUCACAGCACUUGAUGGCGGGUCUCCACCCAGGUCUGGGACAGCCACUAUACGUAUUCUGGUCAUGGACGUCAAUGAUAAUGCCCCACAGUUUCCCCAAGAAGUUUAUGAAAUCCAGGCUCCAGAAAACAGUCCAGUAGGCCUUAUUGUCAUUAAAGUCACUGGAGAAGAUGUAGACUCUGGAGUCAAUGCAGAAAUAUCCUAUUCGUUUUUUGAUGCUUCUGAAGAUAUUCGAGCAACCUUUCAAAUCAAUCCUUUCUCUGGGGAAAUCUCGCUCAGGGCCUUGCUUGACUAUGAGUUCAUAACGUCCUAUAAGUUAAAUGUCCAGGCAGUUGAUGGAGGGGGCCUUUCGGCAAGAUGCACGGUUCUAGUUCGGGUUUUAGACAUUAAUGACAACCCCCCUGAAUUGAUCAUGUCAUCACUUGUCAAUGAAGUUGUUGAGAACUCACCUGAAACCGUACUGGCAGUUUUUAGGAUUAACGACAGAGACUCUGGAGAGAAUGGAAAAAUGGUUUGCUACAUUCAAGAAAAUCUGCCUUUCCUUCUAAAACCCUCUGUAGACAAUUUUUACAUCCUAAUGACAGAAGGACCACUGGACAGAGAGAGCAGAGCUGAGUACAACAUCACCAUCACUGUCUCCGACCUAGGCACACCCAGGCUCACAACCCAGCACACCAUAACAGUACAGGUGUCUGACGUCAACGACAACACCCCCACCUUCACCCAAACCUCCUAUACCAUGUUCAUCCACGAGAACAACAGCCCCGCCCUGCACAUAGGCACCAUCAGCGCCACAGACUCAGACUCAGGCUCCAAUGCCCACAUCACCUACUCGCUGCUGCUACCCCAUGACCCGCAGCUGGCCCUCGACUCGCUGGUCUCCAUCAACGCAGACAAUGGACAGUUGUUCGCGCUCAGGGCUCUGGACUAUGAGACCCUGCAGGCCUUCGAGUUUCAUGUGGGUGCAAUAGACCGAGGCUCGCCCACGCUCAGCAGCCAGGCUCUGGUGCGCGUGGUGGUGCUGGAUGACAAUGACAAUGAGCCCUUCGUGCUCUACCCUCUGCAGAACGCUUCGGCACCCUACACGGAGCUGCUGCCCAGGGCUGCGGAGCCUGGCUACCUGGUUACCAAGGUGGUGGCAGUGGAUCGCGACUCUGGCCAGAAUGCCUGGCUGUCAUUCCAGCUGCUCAAGGCCACAGAGCCUGGGCUGUUCAGCGUGUGGACGCACAAUGGCGAAGUGCGCACCACCAGGCUGCUGAGCGAGCGAGAUGUGCCCAAGCACAGGCUGGUGCUGCUGGUCAAGGACAAUGGCGAUCCUCCGCGCUCUGCCAGUGUCACACUGCACGUGCUGCUGGUGGAUGGCUUCUCUCAGCCCUACCUGCCUCUGCCAGAGGUGGCGCGCAACCCAACUCAAGGGGAAGAGGAUGUGCUCACGCUGUACCUGGUUAUUGCUUUGGCGUCUGUGUCUUCUCUCUUCCUCUUGUCUGUGCUGCUCUUCGUGGGGGUGAGACUGUGCAGGAGGGCCAGGGCGGCCUCUCUGGGAGGCUGCUCUGUGCCUGAGGGACACUUUCCUGGACACCUUGUGGACGUCAGCGGUACAGGGACACUGUCCCAGAGUUACCAAUAUGAGGUGUGUCUAAUGAGAGGCUCCUCUGGUACCAGUGAUUUCAAGUUCUUGAAACCGAUUUACCCUGAAGUUCAUGCUUAUGAUUCCCAGGGCAAUAGUGAUGAAAAUCCCACAUUUUGAAGUUUUAAAUUUAAUUUUGAGUAAUGUUUCAUUCAAUUUAAUAUAUAA